GACUGUAUCUUAAUCGCUAAGUUUUCUGUUGUUAGAGCUAUGAAUUGUUGUAGAGUCGAUGUUUUAAGUCCUGCCUAUGAAUCUGAUCCAACUAGAUUCUACGGGCCAGCAACUCAAUUUGUUGGCGCAGAAAAAGUUGUUUUGAAAUGUGACAGUGUAACUGGUAUUCAGAAAAAUUUACCGGAUAUCUGUGAAGAUUACGGUGAUAUAGUGGGUGAUGUGACUGAUACUGAAGCUGGAGAAAAUACCGUGGAGGACAGUGAGGAGGAAGUUUUACUCACAGCCAGUGCUCACAGAAAUGUGACUGAAUCAGAAGAUGGCUUUCAAGUUUUUGAUGGGUCUGCUGAGUGUGCUCCGGUCAGGUCAAAUCAUCCGGAACAAAGUAUGGUGGGAAAAGUUCCCCUCAGGCAGGAAUUUGUCGGACCAAGAUCUGACAGAUCUGAAAAGCAGCAGGAUGAGGGCGAAUCAUAUCUCUUUUAUAGACAUGAUAUCUACGAUAAUUUUGACGAGCUAGAACGAGAAAAAGAAGAAGCCCUCAGACCUCUGACUUCUGGAAUUAUGGAAACAGGCAUGGAUGAAAGUGGAGAUUACAAACGACAAGUAUCAAAUGAAUCUCUGAAGGACCCCCAAGUGCAGGCCCUCUCCCAGCAACUAAAGGAGUGGAUUAACGACGUCCUCACUGAUGAUCACAUUGUGGUUAAGAACCUCUGCGAGGAUCUGUCCGACGGUCAGGUCCUCUCCGCUCUGAUUGAGAAACUAGCGGGAGCUAAGAUAGAGCACAAGGAAGUAGCUCAAAGUAUUGCUUCUCAGAAAGCUAAACUAACUGAAGUCCUCAAUCAGAUCAACUAUCAUCUCCAGGUUGUAGAUGACGGAAUCAAAUGGAAUGUGGACAAUAUCCACAACAAAUACCUGAUAUCUGUGUUACAUCUGCUGGUGGCGCUGGCAAGACACUACGGCAUUCCAAGGAGACUCCCUAGCUUUGUCAAGAUACAAGUUCUACAGAUAACAAAAGCGACACAACAAACAGAAACAAUCUCCGAGCAGAUUACUGGUGAUGAGGAAAGAGAACAUUACAACUUUGCCGCCAGACAGCAGGAACGUGAUGUAUUCGACACCCUGUUCGACUCUGCUCCCGACAAACUCAAUGCUGUUAAGGGGUCCCUGAUGGCGUUUGCGAACAAGCAGUUGUCUCAGAUAAACAGAGGUUGCAGCAAUAUCGAGGAGGACUUUGCUAACGGUGUAAACUUGGUGGUCAUGAUGAGUCUGGCUGAGGGGUACUAUGUUCCAAUGUACUCUUUCAGCAUGGAACCUGAGGCCUAUGACCACAAGCUACACAACGUUACGCUCGCCCUGAAUUUGAUGCAAGAAGCAGGAAUCCCUCGACCUAAGUGUACUGCUGAAAGUAUCGUCAGCAAGGACCUGAAAUCAACCCUCAGGGUGCUUUACGCUAUCUACUCCAAGUACAAGCAUCUUGUCAAAUAGGUCACAUCGUCUCUGUUUCGGAUAAAAUACUCCGACGAAACAUCCAUCCCCGGUCAUCCUGUCAUCAUUCCGCGUUAUCCUAUUCCCGAGACUGAAACAUGAGGAAGUUCGAUACAGUUCUUACUUAACAUUUGUUAAAGUUGUUGCAAGCUUUUGAGAGUGUGUUUAGACUUUUUAUUUUGAGUGGAAUUUAGCUUUUAGUUCAAAUGUACAGAUAUAAAAUCCAUACGAAAGUUAUAAUUUUAUAUAUAAAUCUUCUUUACGAUUUCCUUUGUCAAGUUAUGUCAGUGUAACUUGAUGACUCGUCUGAUGAUUUUAUAUUAUGAAUAAUACUGGUACUGCUAAUUACGUUAAUUAUCAAAAGACCUGAGAGUGCAUUGAUCCUGACGACUGGACUCUUUGAAAUUUUAAAGAUCAGAUAACGUUGUUCUUCUUUCAUCCAAAAAUUGUGUUAGAAUUUUUCUUUUAAACGCGAGCAGUGAAUGAUUUAUAGCUUUGACUAAAACUUUUAUUAAAAAUAGAUAUGAAAUAUGAUUAUUUAUACGGGAAUUUUGCUGAAUCUAUGAAUUUCGGUCAAUCAAUUCAGAAUGUGAUUGUGCUCUUCCAUUUUAUUUUACAUUUCAUACCAUGGUUA